AUGUCUUUUCCAAAUAUAUGGAACCAUCGAAAGGUAGCCGACACCUCGGCUAAAGCAUGUGAGGUCUGCUUCAAACCUACUACCAGCGUUCUUAUCACCCCGGAGAGUAAGGACUUCUUCUAUGUAUGCCCCAGUCAUCUAAAAGAUAGGGGGUUCUGUUCUCCUAUCAUUGACCAGGAAGCUGUUGCGGCCAAGAAGAAAAGGGAGAUGGAAGAAGAGCUUGAACGUGUCAAAAAGGAAUACGAGGAAAAGCAACGUAAGAAGAAAGAGAAAGAAACCAACCCACCUAAGGAUUCAGAUAAAACGAAAGAUGGGGAGGAAAAGGAGACCAAAAAGGACGACAAGAAAGACGGCAAGAAAGAUGAUCCAAAACCGGACUCCAAAAUGGAUAAGGCGGAAGACAAGACAUCACCGAACCCAGAGGAAGAGCCAAGGGUGUUCUCAUUGCAAAGAACUUUCUAUCAGCAACGGCUAGACAAGAAACGCCAAGUCGAGAUGGCUAAAAGAAACCGGGAACGCUUAAAUAACCCCAACUUCUUUCCGUCCGUUCCUAAGAACUUGCCUUAA